CUCCCCCAGUCCUGGGGGGGGCACUUCCUCUGCUGCCCUGGCUCCCUAUAAAAGGUCUGUCUGAGCUACAGAGCACCUCUGCAGAGGAUCCUGAGACAACACAUACAUCUCCUGCAGCCUCUGUCUCGGGUACCAUGAAGCUCUCCGAAGCUGCCCUCACCAUCAUCCUCACUGCUGCCGCCCUCUGCACCCCUGCACCUGCCUCCCCAUAUGGCUCGGACACCACUCCCUGCUGCUUUGCCUACCUCUCCCUCGCGCUGCCUCGUGCCCACGUCAAGGAAUAUUUUUACACCAGCAGCAAGUGCUCCAACCUUGCAGUCGUCUUUGUGACUCGGAGGAACCGUCAAGUGUGUGCCAACCCAGAGAAGAAGUGGGUUCAAGAAUACAUCAACUACCUGGAGAUGAACUAGAGCAGAGGGUUUCUUGAUCCUGAUCCUGUAUCACUUACCUGUCCUUGCUUGCUCUAGUCUUAACCAGCUUGGGGAUGCCACUCAGCAACCCCCUACUCCCACUCAUUCCUGGGAGGACAUAGAUGCUAUCAUACCAUAGAGAUUAUAACAGUGUCCUCUCCUAAAGCUUGGGAGGUGUACUGAGGCCCUGCCAUGGCAACAGAAACUCUCAAGACCUUGAACUUCAGGAUCUUCAACUGGCGAUUAUUUGGGGACCAGAAAAGAAGCCUGUGUAUCUCUCAAGCAAAGAAGGAAAAUGAGUAUCUCAACUCCUCACAGGCUCUGCACAGCAAACCCAAGAAAUUUCUUAUCUCCAGCAUUUCAUUAAAAUUUCUGAUACAAAGACAAA